UUCUGCCGGUAACUUGGUUUGGUGGGUUUGUAGAAUAUUCCAGUCAAUCCUUUAUUUUAUCAGUUUUUGAUUGUGUACAGAAAAGAAACAUGAAUUUAAUAACUAUUUUAGAAAAGACUGUAUCUCCAGAUAAAACUGAACUUGAAGCUGCUCAGCAUUAUCUGGAACAAGCUGCACAAAACAAUUUGCCUGAAUUUCUGAAAUCACUGUCAGAUGUGUUGCAACAUGCCAGUAACAGUCCAGUGGCUCGUAUGGCUGCUGAGCUGCAACUUAAGAAUUCCCUUACCUCCAAAGAUGCUGAAUUGCGAAAUCAGAACCAGCAACGAUGGUUAUUCUUUCCCGAAGAUGUACGCUUGUAUAUAAAACAAAAUGUUUUAGCAUCCUUGGGUACAGAAACAAUUCGUAGUAGUUCUGCUGCACAAUGUGUGGCAUAUAUUGCAGUAACAGUAUUGCCAAAUACAUAAUGGCCCAAUUUAAUUCAAAUUCUAACUCAUAAUGUUACAAAUGUCAACAGUACUGAAAUGAUGAAGGAAGCAACUCUAGAAGCUGUUGGUUACAUAUGUCAAGAUAUUGAGCCAGAUAUAUUGGCCACACAAUCAAAUGAUAUCUUAACAGCUAUUGUACAUGGGAUGCGUAAAAAUGAGCCAAGUGACCAUGUCAAAUUAGCUGCAACAAAUGCACUGUUGAAUUCUCUUGAAUUUACUAAAGCAAAUUUUG